GCUUGUGCGUCUGUCUGCCGGCCCCACGUCCCGCUCCCUGGCUGGGCUUAAACCCCGGUGGGAAGCCGGUUGGGAAUGCUGAGGGUCAGGGAGAGCCCAGGGAAGAGGCUGGAGGUGACGAAAUUCCAUGGCUGUGGCUGAUGCCGCUUUCCUUGUGUUCCGCAGUCAGCAGGAGGGAGAAAAUGAAAGCGGGCUGCAGCAUUGUGGAUAAGCCAGAAGGAGGAGGAGGUUAUCAUUUCCCAGAGUGGGCUUACAAGACCGAGUCCAGCCCCGGCUCCCGGCAGAUCCAGCUCUGGCAUUUCAUCCUGGAGCUGCUGCAGAAGGAGGAAUUCCGCCACGUCAUCGCCUGGCAGCAGGGCGAGUACGGGGAGUUCGUCAUCAAGGACCCUGACGAGGUGGCCCGGCUCUGGGGGCGCAGGAAAUGCAAACCCCAGAUGAACUACGACAAACUGAGCCGGGCGCUGAGAUACUAUUACAACAAGAGGAUUCUCCACAAGACAAAGGGCAAAAGGUUCACCUACAAGUUCAACUUCAACAAGCUGGUGAUGCCCAACUACCCCUUCAUUAACAUUCGGCCUAAUGGCGUCGUGCCGCAGAGCGCUCCUCCUGUCCCCACGGCCUCAUCCCGCUUCCACUUCCCCCCGCUCGACAGCCACUCUCCCACCGACGAUGCCCAACCCAGCCGCUUCUCCGGGGGCUCCUUGGUCCCGUCCAACCCCGAAGUGCUGGGGGACGGCGGCGAGAGGAAGCCGGACCUGCCGGAGCUGGAGGACGGCUCCUCGGAUUGGCGCCGCGGGGUGGAUCUCAUGGGCUCCCGCAACGCCGUGGGCGCCGGGAGCGUCAACCACCAGAAGCGCAAGCCCGACAUCAUGCUCCCGCUCUUCACCAGGCCCGGGAUCUAUCCGGAUCCUCACAGCCCCUUCGCCGUGUCCCCUCUGCCGGGGCGCGGGGGGGUCCUCAACGUUCCCAUCUCUCCGGCGUUAUCCCUCACUCCCACGCUGUUCUCCUACAGCCCUUCUCCGGGGCUCAGCCCCUUCACAGGUAGCAGCUGCUUCUCUUUCAACCCCGAGGAGAUGAAACACUACCUGCACUCCCAGGCCUGCUCCGUCUUCAACUACCACCUGAGCCCGCGGACUUUCCCCCGCUACCCGCUCAUGGUGCCACCACUACAGUGCCAAAUGCCCCUGGAGGAGCAGCCCCAGUUCCCCAUCAAGCUGCAGCCUCCCCCCGUGGGGCGCAAAAACAGAGAGAGACUGGAAAGUGCCGAGGAGCCGCAGGUCCCUCCUGCUCCCCCCAGGGUCAAGGUGGAGCCGGCGAUGGACAAGGAGGCAGAGCCUGAGGAACCACCGGCGAAGGGCAAAGACAAGAGCGACAGAGAGGAGGGCCCCAGCGCGCCGGAAGAGGAGAAGGGCCCCGUCUUUGCCAGGCCGGCAGCCCCAUCGUGGCACCCGGCCCCGCCGCCCCCCGCCGCGGCCGACGAGCCCCCGGAGCAAGGCGAGAGCAGCGCGGAGAAGCCCCCGCGCGAGGCCGGCGGCGAGGCGGGCGCGCAGGAGAAGCGGGAGGAUGCCCUGAUGCCCCCAAAGCUGCGUCUCAAGCGCCGCUGGAACGGGGACCGCCAGGAGGGCCCCGAGGAGCGCCACAACGGCCGCGUGCACUGGACCGGGGCGCUGGGCACCCCGCAGCUCGGUGCUGCCGCCGCCGCCACCGCCUCCGACACCUAAAGCGGAGCCGAGCGCUGGAACCGGCCGUGUAUUUAUGUAGCAAGGUUGCAGAGCGCGGGGGGCGGGCGGGGGGGGCUGGGGCUACGCCUGGUUUGGGUCAUUCUAGAACCUGGGAUGGGGAGUGGGGGGGGGGGGGUGUCUUUGUUUUCCUUGUUGGACUGCAGGUGAGACGCGGUUCAUGGCUCGCUCCGAGCGGGAGAGGCGAGGGAAGCCGGGUGCCCGCGGGCACGAGCUUCGGACCUUGCAUGAACUCCAGCGGGGCUGAGGCCUCCGCCAGGCUGGAGGAGCUCCAGCCACGGUCUCUUUUCUCUGUGCUCUGGUAUUUAUGGAAGCAGGAAUCUCCAGAUUCAUCUUAUUCCCUUUUUAUAUCCGUAUCUAUAUCCCUAUAUAUGCCCGGAGCCGGGUGCGAUGGUGGGAGAGGAUUCCUGCCCGCUCCAGACGUGCCGUGCGCCAGCCUCGGAAGCCAGCUGUGGUUUUGGGGAAGGGGAUUAGGGAAUAUUGCACCGGCUGCGGAGCGGGGAAGCUGGGGGAAAGACAGGAGUGGGAAAGUCGCUGCUGGAAAAGGAGCUGCGUUCCCGACCCGCGGAUCUCGGGAUGCAGGCGCCGUCCUUUUCGCCUUUCUGGAAUACUGCAGAAGCCAUGAGGAAAAUGUUAACAGAACAUAAUCUUUCAGGGAAGGGAAUGGGGUGGGAAAAAGGAAUAACCUAAUGCCUUUAAUAUACGCAUUAACAUGUAUCCUAGGGUUUUUUGUUUUUCCCCCUAAUUGUAUGGGUGGAGUUGGGAGAUUAACGCUGGAAUGAUUGCGGUGAGUUCAUGGAGAAGGAAUGACAGGAGCUUUGUUAACUCUUAUUCCCUUUGUUUGGUUCCCCAUAUCACUUUGACUCAUGCCUUAACUACGCUUUCUGCGAGCAGGGUCUAUGGACAGGAGCCGGAUGCGUUUGGCCGAGGCCGGGAUUUGGGAUUGGAGCAAGGGAGAGCGCGGUGCGCGCCGGAGCCGAGCCCGUGCCCACGGUGUAAAUCUCGCUGUAUUUUUGCUAUAAACCUGCUAUUUCCCUACGCAGCUUUCCUUAGGCUCAGUAACUGGAGCACCGGCUGCCACCCAGACCUGCGCUUGUCUCCAUGAAUCCCAAAGGAUUCCUUGAAAGGAGCUUGGGAAGAGCCGAUGUCCGCAGGGUUAGAGCCGCACGCAGCCGGUUAUUCACCCGGUCGUAGGCGAGCGGCCUGUGCGGGCAGAUCCCCCCUGCCCAGGACUUGGGAAUUCUUGGAGGAGGAAGCUCGUGCGAGCGCGGGAUGAGUUGGAAACGCUCUUGGAUGGGGCCGUUUGAGCCCUCAGUGCAGCCAGACGCCGGUUGCGGUACCCGGAGCGGGAGCGUUAUCCCGGCGAGCUCCGCAUCCCCCUUCCGGCACCUGGAUUUAUCUCCUGGAGAGGAGGAAAAAGAGGGGGAAGGAGCCCCUCGCUCCGGCCCUGGAGAAGGGGCUCAGGGAGUGAACUCAGGAAUAUGAAAACACGAGGCCUUUCCCAUCAGUUAAUGCACAUCGUCGUCCCCCCCACACCCCCCGGUGCCCAAGCACCGGAGCCGCUCGGGGAGGAGCCGAUCCCAAAAUAUUCCAUAAGAAACCCACCGAAAGGAAUUCAGUUGAACUGUU